AUGUCUAUAGAAAGUGGCACAAAAAGGGUUAAAUCUUCUCAAAAAAAAUUUGAGCAAAAGAAGUCGCUGAGUUUUCAACAUCCACAAAAGUCGAUUUUAGACACCACCGAUGUCGACUUUCUGUUGAUUGAAAAUUGUCGAGCAGACUUUUACAAGUGGAUUUCAUGUGCGAAGUUUGAGGUCUUAUAUGACAGCGAGAGGCCGAUUCCGAUUACUAAAAGUUGCUCGCAGGACUUUUUCAAGAAGGUCUAUAACAUUCCAAAAUGCGCGUUCUUUGUGUUUUGUGAUGAAUGCGUAUUUGGGUUUUACAGCGAAAGUCAAACGUUCUAUUUGUCGCCACUCGACUUCUUGUUUGGAGUCAAAGCGACUGCGAGGAGUGUCAAUAAACGGCCAAAUCGAAUUUUUGUGCCUCAAUUUUCUCAAAAUUUUUGUUCACACUUAUCUGGGAGAAGCAAAACCGAAGCGAAAGAGGAAGAGACUUGUUUGCGCUUGAAGUGGGGUAUAAAAAUGUUUUAA